AAGGAGACGUGGCGGCGGUUGGGUCUCCUGUACCGAGGACGCUUUGUAGUCCCGCCGCCGCCUCCUUCUCCUCCUCCUCCUCCUCCUCCUCCUGUUCUCCUCGGGUAGAGGAGGUAGUGACGGCGGCUGGGGGACGCAGCAAUGGAGGAAGGAGGCGGCGGCUUGCGGAGCCUGGUCCCCGGAGGGCCGCUGUUGCUCGUUCUGUACGGUCUCCUGGAGGCGGCCGGCGGCGGCCGAGCGCUGCCACAGCUCAGCGACGACAUCCCCUUCCGAGUCAACUGGCCCGGUACCGAGUUCUCUCUGCCUACAACUGGAGUUUUGUAUAAAGAAGAUAAUUACAUCAUAAUGACAACUGCACAUAAAGAAAAAUACAAAUGUAUACUUCCUCUUGUGACAAGUGGGGAUGAGGAAGAAGAAAAGGAUUACAAAGGCCCCAGUCCAAGAGAACUUUUGGAACCACUAUUUAAACAGAGCAGUUGUUCCUACAGAAUUGAAUCUUACUGGACAUAUGAAAUAUGUCAUGGGAAGCAUGUUCGACAGUACCAUGAAGAAAAAGAAACUGGCCAAAAAGUAAAUAUUCAUGAAUACUACCUUGGGAAUAUGUUGGCUAAGAAUCUUCUGUAUGAAAAAGAACGAGAAGCAAAAGAAAAAGAAAAGUCAAAUGAGAUUCCAACUAAAAACAUUGAAGGUCAGAUGACACCCUACUAUCCUGUGGGAAUGGGAAAUGGUACACCUUGUAGUCUGAAACAAAAUCGACCCAGAUCAAGUAUUGUGAUGUACAUAUGCCAUCCUGAGUCUAAGCAUGAAAUCCUUUCAGUAGCUGAAGUUACAACUUGUGAAUAUGAAGUUGUCAUUUUGACACCACUCUUGUGCAGUCAUCCUAAAUACAAGUUCCGAGCCUCUCCUGUGAAUGACAUAUUCUGUCAAUCACUGCCAGGAUCUCCAUUUAAACCCCUCACACUAAGACAGUUGGAGCAGCAGGAAGAGAUACUGAGGGUGCCAUUUAGGAGAAAUAAAGAGGAAGAUUUGCAAUCUGCUAAAGAAGAGAGAUUUCCAGCCAUCCACAAACCUAUUGCCGUUGGCUCUCAGCCAGUGCUCACUGUUGGAACAACCCACAUUUCCAAGCUGACAGAUGACCAGCUCAUAAAGGAGUUCCUAAGCGGCUCUUACUGCUUUCAUGGGGGUGUUGGUUGGUGGAAAUAUGAAUUCUGCUAUGGCAAACAUGUACAUCAAUAUCAUGAGGACAAAGAUAAUGGGAAAACUUCUGUAGUGGUGGGAACAUGGAACCAAGAAGAACAUGUUGAGUGGGCUAAGAAAAAUACUGCCAGAGCUUACCAUCUUCAAGACGAUGGCACCCAGACAGUCAGGAUGGUGUCACAUUUUUAUGGAAAUGGGGAUAUUUGUGAUAUAACUGACAAACCCAGACAAGUGACUGUAAAACUAAAGUGUAAAGAAUCAGAUUCUCCUCAUGCUGUUACUGUGUAUAUGCUAGAGCCUCACUCCUGCCAGUAUAUUCUUGGGGUUGAAUCUCCAGUAAUCUGUAAAAUUCUAGAUACAGCUGAUGAAAAUGGACUUCUUUCCCUUCCCAAUUAAAGGAUAUUAAAGUUGACAGAAAGAUGAUUAAAAAUCAACACUUCCUCCUGACUACAUAUCAUUGUAGAAUCUCACCAUUGGAGCUUGUCUAUAGUAUCACAAAAAAGGACUGGCAACCACACUGUGAAAUUCAUGUGUAUAUAAGAGAUUAUGGAUAAACUUGUAAGGCAGA